UAAACCCUGUUCAACUUACUGAUAUAAGUUUCAAAAAAAUAUCUAGCUGUACACAAAUACAUCAAAUCAUUUUCUGCUGUUGAAAUUGUACAAACUGAGUGAAGAUUUGGCAGAGAAUCACAAGACUUCUCUUUGCUACCAGUAGCACUCUUUUAUACAUUGGGGCAAAAUAUUUUAUCAGCUGUAUCCUGACUCUGAUACAGAAGAGCUUCACAUUGAUUUGUGUAUCCUUGACAACCCGAUGGAGUUUUGUGAUCGGUUCUUUCCGGAGUGUGUAUUGUUCUGCGCUCAACAACAUGAGAGGAUUUUUGGCCGGCCAGUGGUCACUUGUAGCUUCGAUCUAGCAGGUUGUAUUUCGUGACAUGCCGGAGGCAUUCUGCUUCUACUUCAUAUUUUAGACGUGUUUUCUAAAAGCACACUUUCCUCUGCUUCUCAUAUGUGCGGGGUUAGUUGCUGGACAGGACUAAUCGACGGAGUACCCGUGCCAAACUAAGUUCAAGUUGACGCUGUAAAGUUAUAGGUGAUUGGUUUUGCUGCAAGAUCUAUAUCUAGAUCUACUGGCGGUCGUUUCCUAUUUGCAAGCUUCAAAAUAGCUGUUCAACCAACAGUGACAAGGCAAUAGCGUAAGGGAAACAAAGCCGACAAAGGAGUAGGCCUGCCCUCGUCUUUGGGCAUUUAGGGUGGUCUGUUUCUGGUUUCCAUUUCAUACAGGGCCAGGCGUUCAAAUUGAUUCUUGAAAGUUUUGAGGAAUGACUGAGUAGCCUAGUUCUCGUACCAAUCGCGUGUUCAGUCAGAUUACUUUGCUUUGAAGUCAGGUGGUACCAAGUCCAAGGCAAAUUCGGGCUUGAUUUCCAGCAUGACCAUUUCGUGAAGUAUUCUUUUCUUUACAGCAGGGAAAUGGUCUCGCUAUUGAAUUGUGAUACCCUGCACUUUUCUGAAAUGGAUUAAACAACAAAUUGAUGGUUAGUAAAUGAUCCAUUCACCGCUGCCUGGAUGAACCUCCUGUUGCAAACAUAGAGCAAGUCAACAACUUACGAGAAAUCCAAGCCAUGCGGCGCCUGGCCCCUCACCCCAACGUGCUGGAACUGCAGGAGGUCAUUUUAAGUUAACCCUCGUCAGACCCGGGGAAAACGCCACUAUCUACCGGAGAGAAAGAUUAAGCACUACAUGUAUCAGUUACUAAAAUCUAUAGACCACAUGCAUCGAAAUGGAAUAUUUCAUAGAGACGUCAAGCCGGAAAAUAUCUUGGUAAAGGAUGAAUUGCUCAAACUUGCUGACUUUGGAUCAUGUCGAAGUGUGUACUCCAAGCAACCCUACACAGAGUACAUCUCUACGAGAUGGUACCGAGCACCAGAAUGCCUCUUGACCGAUGGCUACUACAACUACAAAAUGGAUAUCUGGAGUGUUGGGUGUGUCUUUUAUGAGAUCCUGAGUCUGCAUCCACUGUUCCCCGGAUCCAACGAGGUGGAUCAGAUUGCCAAGAUCCAUGAUGUGAUGGGCACUCCUGAUGCUAGUGUUCUCAACAAGCUGAAAAGGUCAAGGGGCAUGAACUUUAACUUCCCACCUAAGAAAGGCUCCGGAAUUGAUCAUCUUUUGACCCACGUCUCAUCAGACGCCAUUGAGCUGAUUUACCUCAUGUGUACGUACGACCCAGAUGACCGCAUCACAGCAAGAGAGGCCCUCAAACACCGUUACUUCAAGGAAAUGAGAGAUACAGACAAGAGGGCAGCGUUACUUGCAAGGCAACGAAAAACUCAGCAACAAGAAAACAAGGAAGUGAAGGAGGCUCCAGCUUCUAUACGAAAUGAUGACGAAAUCUCUGAGAAAAUCAUACAGCUCGAUGAAGACCCGUCUUCCCCUUUGAAGACUCGCAUGACAGAAAUCACCAUGUACCCUACUGUACCCAAAGCUCAGUCUCAUCCUAACCAUCCAUUCAAAGACAGAAGAAGAGGCUCCUCCGAAUCUGCCACUGCCAACAGUCCACCAUCAUCACACAAACACAAGAGAGUGACCGAGUCCCACCAGUACCCCCACCACACCGGGCUGCUGCCCCGCGUCCCCAUGCACCCGGCCACCUUCAAUCCGACCUUCCACACCUCCAGCUUCCCGACUUCCUUCAACAAGCUGCCGGGGACCACCACCACACAGUCUCUGCUACCGUCUAUCAACAACGCCUACAAACCACACAAGUCACCCACCAAAACGACAAAGGCGUUGUACAAUCAGUAUACGCUUCCUUCCCUUGACCAGAGGAGGUUCUGAAUCAAAGAGACAUCUGCAAAGAUCAAUCAUGAAUAAAGAUAAUUCUAGUGGAACAUUGCUAACCUCGCUACAAGGAACUCCUGGAAUUGUUUUGAAGUGUAGUUUUGUCUGUAAGGCCAGUUUCAAGUUCUCAAUAUAUGUCUGAGGACUUCACAGGAAACCAAUAUUAAAUUUGAAAGAAAGUUUAUAUGUUCAAUUCUGGUGAUAAAAUUAUGUCUGUGGAAAAAACACAAAAUAGUUGACGCAUAAGAAAAAAUAUAGAAAGUACAAAAGUUCCAAUGUUGCUAACAGUUACCAGAAUGUACUCGGACAUUUCUUCCAUAAAUUAAAUGAGCUUACUGUUUUGUUGUCUUUGUUGUUGUUUUUGUUUGGUUUCAUUUUAAUGCACAUUGCAAGCGAGUAUUGACAUAAGAAGUGCUCCACGUUGCUUUAAUUUGUUGACAGUAACACACAUAUAUUCUGGCUAAAGUAUUGUGAUAUCUAAGAGUGUGUGUGAUAAAUAAUGCGGCAACUGCAUGUACAGAAGGUUUGAGUGGUUGGUUGAAAUGAUGAUAAAUGGUAAUUAAAAUGAUAAUUUUUGUGAGUAGUUUUGCAUCUGGCUGUUUGGUUUUGUAAGGAAAAAGUUUGGUUGCGCUUGUGUACUUUCAUGUGUUAUUGCUCUUGUGAGUUCUGGAUCUGUUGAUUGUUCUCUGUAUUUUAUUCUUGUGGCCUUUGAGUGAAUGGGAUGUCCAGUGACCCUUUGAGCAGAUGCACUUUGUGUAUAUUAUGGUGAAUAUAUAACACUUUUGUUUAAGUCUUCAUUAAAUACUUAUUUCCAUCACUUUUUUUUCUUUUCCAUGCACUCAAGUAGUAAAUAAGUCUUUUAUAUUUUGAUUUUUUCUGACAUUUCAAGCACAAGAGAAAUCUUACUGAAUAUUCCAACUUUGAAAAAGAUAACAAGAAAACCGAAUAUUCCAACUCUGUAUGAGAAAAACAGAAGCUCAUCAAAACUGUUGGCUAUCGGUUCCACAUAUUACGAAGAAAGUGUUUUGUAAUGUAGAAUGGAGAUCUUCACCAAAUAUUGACCAACUAAUUAUGUAGUGUCUACCGUUGCUUGUUUUGUCUGAACUCUCAACAUAUGAAUUUAUACGAUUCAAGAUAUCCAUGCUCAAUGACAUGACACUUGUAUUACUUCCUAUUAGUAUUCACUGAGAUAUUGUGCUGAACACAAUCAUGCUCAUGAUAGUCUUAGUUUUUAUUAGGGAAAUGGAAAUCAUUGUAGCCAAAAACUCCUUGAAUAUAAAGGAAUUUUAAAGAAGAGUAAAAAGGAACGGGUUAAUACAUAUGUAUGCUUUAUGUUAGUAAUCAGGGCUUCCAUUUAUAUCUGUGUGGUUGAUUAGCCAUAUGAAAGUUCACUUCAGUAUAGAUGGAUGCAGGAAUUUUUCUUUGGGAAAUGCAUCAUUGUCCUCUCAAGUUGACUUCAGAAAUUAUUGGUGUUAUGAGAUAAGUUUAGCUUCUCUUGUGUCCCGUGAAAUGGGUCAGUGCUAUCUACAUAAUUCUACCUAUGAACAUAUUCAUCUAAAACAAAAAACGAGGCGAGUCCCUGUAUAUCAAUUUCAUGUGUUAUUUUUUCAACUUUUAUAAGAACAUGAGCAUAUCUGCCAUGAUCUUGAGCUGUCUCAAGUAUUAUAAUUGAUUACAUGUGAAUCCACUUACGUGAGAAAAAUUCAUAGUUUGUGUUUGUCGUAUUGGCAGAAUCGCAGCCAAUGACGGUAAGCCGUUAAAUGCCCCCAUCUGCUAAGAAGAAUUACUGUCUUUGCUUUUUAUUUGCACCUGUUUCUCAGCAUUGGGGGUGGGGUGAGGGGCGUCAGUCUUUACAUGCCAGCUCAUUUUCAGUACAAUUUUACUCCUGCCUGUACGAGGCAUGAUUCAGGGAGGUACUGUACAUUGUUGUUAGCCGAUCCAGCAUGUUAUCAUCUUACAUCCUGCUUGAAAUAUAUGAGGGAUGUUAAGGAUACGGAACCAGCACUUAGGAAAUUUACCAAGAAAAAGGGAAGAUGCGCAUUUUAAAAAAAAAUAGAAGUCAUGUUUGGUCAAAGGGUGGAAAGCAAACUUUGAAAACAAUUGCUAUAUUCUCAUUUUCAAGACGAAAUGAAUGCAACUAUUAAAUCCCUUUCUAAUUUGUCUACCUCCUGCCUUGUUAAAUUAAGAAGAAAGUGUUCUUUUCAUGUACUUCUAAGUAUUUGAGGUGAACACAUAUAUCUUUUAAGUACUUAUUUAAAAAUGUUGUCCCUCAUUCAGCUAUGUUUCUCAGUUGUUGUUUUUUUAAUUAAGUCUCUCUCUCUCUCUCUCUUCCUCUCUCUUCCUCUCUCUCUGUCUCUGUCUCUGUCUCUCUCUCUCUCUCUCUCUCUCUCUCUCUCUCUCUCUCUCUCUCUCUCUACUUUAAUCCAUUAAAAUGCUACACAUUUCAACUUUUUCUCCAAGGCAUAUUUUUAUUUUCAAAACAGUUUGCUGUAAUUCAUACAGCUUCAUGGAAGUGACAGAUAAUGACUGCUUCUCGGUGAAUGCUUAUUCCAUUUCUGAUUUUGGUUUCUUUAUCUCUUUUCACCCUUUUUAUUCUUGUUUUGUUUCUCAUAUAUAUGAUGAAAGGGAACUGGUGAAAGCAAAAGAAAAUUUGUAACAUGAGUAUGCAUUGUUCUAGCUACGUUUGGAAUCAUAUAGAAAUGUAUAGAAUUGUUUGUUUAUGGAGUAUACUUUGAGAAAUAAAUAGAGUCAUCAAA